AUGGCACCAGGUCUCGUAUUCGAGGCUGCACUAUGGUGUGAAGGAGGACAAACACGCCCAUCCGUCUCCCGAAACUCGAUGCAUGGGUAUGAAAUGUUGCUUCGACAGCUGAAAACCCUCCUCCCUCUUACCCACUCUGGCAUCGAUGAUGGUUACAACGGUCCCCGUCUGCGGGAGCACGCGACUUCUGUCAGGAGUCCCAGGGUCACUCAGCACCAGUGGACCAAGAUGAACAGAACAAAUGAAGAAAUACAAAACGCCAAGAUUAUAAUGUGCGACCAACGCCCUCCCUCACCGCUGGUGCCCAAAUCGAGCUGGGCAAACGGGCCAAACUUCUCAGGCGCGAGGAUCAUCAAUCAUGCUUCUACGGCUCUCGUCCUCCGCCACCUGCCCCCCUCGCAGAAGCGUCACAACGUCCGACUUGCAGAUGUAGCGGCCGAGCCCGAACUACUGGGUUCUCUGGUGCUGCUUGCCGGUGCUAUAGAUCAACUGUUUGACCGGUUUGGUCUCGAGAAUGUGUCAUAG